AUGGACACUCCAUACUCUCCACCAGCCCAACCCCCAAUCUACAUCACCAACCCGACCAUCCCCCCCACGCCCAAACCCACCCACCUCAUCCCCCUCCCUCUGAUCCUCCUCAUCCCGCCAACCCUGCUCUUCCUCCUCCACGCCAUCCGCAAAGACUACCGCGCCUUCCUAGCCCUCGGACCCGGCGGCACCCCGUCUACCCCAACAGGCUACCUCCGCAUCUGCAUCCUUCGACUUGUAGCCCUCCGGAAUCCGUUCUCUCCGCCUUCGAUUCCGAAGACGUUAUCGCCGAAGACGGGAUAUUUUGAUCCUUGUCCUCCAGCAAUCCCCUCUUCCACGGCUCCAUCCGCACCAGCAACCCAGAGCAAGAACACAGACAAGGACACGAACAACCACGAAGGCGUUAAACACCCCAACCGAAACAAAAACCACCUCCCCUACCGCCUCGGCCCACCCCCGCUAGUGACAGGACUCGCACCCCAACGGCAACUCACGCAACGCAGCACCGCUCAGAUCUACACGCAUCUCACCCACAAAAUCGAGGAGCUCGUCCUCGCCAACCCCCAAAAAUACAUCCUGGGGACAUCAUGUUUCGAAAAACAUAGUACGGGGAUAUUUGCCUCCUCUUGCACCACAACCACCCCUUCAACACCUUCAGUGGAAGAAAAACACCGCCGAACGACCUGCAACGGCGAGAUCUGUCACAGUCACCCGAUCGACGGGAGUUUGCAUCUCACGCUCCAUCCGGCGGAUGUGAGGGUGCUGAUCGAGCGAGGAUGGGGCCAGAGGCAUCCGCUGGCGUGGGAGGAGACGGCGCGGCGGUGGUUGUGCGGGACGAGGUUCGUGCCGGCGGGGUUCGUGAUGGUGUAUGCGCCACGAGACGAGGAUGAGGUAAGGGUUGUGAUGGAGGUGGUGAGGGCGGCGGGGUGGUGGGUUAGUGGGGAGAGUUAG